CUCUGCUUCUUUUCCUCUGCUCUCUCAUCUUCUAUGGUCACCUAUUUACCUGGAUUCCAAGGCCCCCUUCCCUUCUACUUAGAGACAGGGUACGUGGAGGUGGACCAGGACCACGGCGGUGAGUUUUUCUACUACUUCAUCGAGUCGGAGAACAAUCCGGCAGAGGACCCCCUGCUCCUUUGGCUGACCGGCGGGCCCAGGUGCUCUGCCUUCAGCGGAUUAGUCUUCGAAAUCGGUGGACCCCUGAAAUUUGUGACAGCCGAGUACAACGGGAGCUUGCCGAGCUUGGUCUACCAUCCUUAUUCCUGGACCAAGGUAGCCAACAUUAUCUUUGUAGAUUCCCCGUUGGGUUCUGGAUUCUCAUACUCAAGAAAAUAUGAAGGGUAUGAUGCCAACGAUACUAUUUGGUCCGAACAGGCUUCUAAGUUUCUUUUACAGUGGCUUGUUGAGCACCCACAGUUCAUCUCCAAUCCCCUCUACAUUGCUGGGGAUUCAUAUGCUGGAAAAAUUGUACCUAUGGUGGCCAAAAGAAUAUUGGAUGGUAUUGAUGAAGGGAAAGAACCAUUACUUAACCUCCAGGGUUACUUGAUUGGCAAUCCAUCCACAGGUGGAAAAGUCGAUACCAAUUCUAAAAUACCUUAUGCUCACAACAUGGGAAUCAUAUCAGAUGACUUCUUUGGGAUAUAUAUGAUGUAG